UGUCUGCUGUGUUAUCUUUUCACACUAGAAUGGCGGCCGCUGCUUGCGGCGUUCGCGGUUGUCCACGAGCUAAUACGGCCAAACCACACAAAGAGCAUGUGAGGAAAAACCGGAAUUCCCGUCGUAGACAAGCGGCCCUUUUGUUUCUCAACAACAUAUCUUUAGACGGCCGACCGGUUUACAGUUUGAGCAACGGAGUCGUUGGCCCUGGGGAAGCCGAGAGCCGGUGCGUGGAUGUCGGAGCGUCAGGUCUGACGGAUCUGUCAAACGCAACCUUCUCCCAAAUACCGUUGACCACCACCGGCGGAACUGCGAACCCUUUACCGAGGACUAACACCUGCCCUCCUCCACUGAGCCCAACGACGUAUAAUCAAGGCACUAGCGACGUUUUUACGGAGGAUGUGCGAGCAGAUUUGUCGGUCCAGGGAUCCCAGCUUUCUCCGACCACUGGACCGUUGAAUCCAGUUUUUGGAGCCAGCAAAUCAACAAGUCAGGUUCCGAUCUCUAACCCCGUACCCGAUCCCCGACAAAGGACACGUAACCUGUCUGGGUCUCCGGGGCCAAAGGUUUCCAAGAAAGUGCACUUCAUUAAGAAUAUGAGACAGUAUGAUACACGAGGGAGCAGGGUUGUGCUGAUAUGUGCCAAGAGAUCCCUAUGUGCUGCUUUCUCCGUAUUGCCUUAUGGAGAGAGUUAUCACAUCAGCAGUGACUUAAAACCAGAAGGCCAGAAACACAGACACUCAUCUGGUGGGGGAGUUGAUAUGGUCCCAGGACUUGAGGGGGUGGAGGUGGACCUCGGAAAGACUGUGUCAUACGCUCGCUUCCUACUCCCAACAAAUGCCUUGGUCCGGCAGAAGAGCAGUGGGCCACCUGACACCAGUACAGGUCAGACCCCCAUGUCACGAAACCGACUCAACGCCCAAAAGAACUUCACACCCUCCCGAAUCAACAGCGGUGUGGGCCAAGAUACUGGUGUGGAUGAGCUAUCAGACUAUGACCCAAACUUACUCAGUGACCCCCAGUGGCCUUGUGGGAAGCACAAGCGAGUCCUUAUUUUCACGUCUUAUGUUACGACGGUUAUUGAGUAUGUAAAACCAUCUGACUUGAAGAAAGACAUGAAUGAGACAUUCAAGGAGAAGUUUCCUCAUAUAAAACUGACUUUCAGCAAGAUAAGAAGUUUGAAAAGGGAGAUGCGAUCAGUAAGUGAGGAGUGUGGGCUCCAGCCGGUUACCAUCGCGAUGGCCUAUGUUUACUUUGAGAAGCUAGUUCUGCAGGGGCGAUUGAAUAAACAAAACCGAAAGCUGGUGUCUGCCGCCUGCGUCUUACUGGCUGCCAAGAUCAGCAGUGACCUUAAGAAACAAGAUGUCAAACAACUAAUGGAUAGAUUGGAGGAGCGUUUUCGAAUAAACCGCAGAGAGCUGAUUUCUCUAGAGUUCACAGUUUUGGUCGCUUUGGAGAUGGCACUUUACCUUCCAGACAGCAAGGUCAUGCCCCACUAUCGCAGACUGGUGCAGCAGUGCUAAUCCGUCGAACAGAUCCCAGAUCAGUAGUUUUUUCAUCACUCCCAUUUUCACUUCCAUAAUGUAACUGAUUUUAUAAAGCUGUUUGUAGAAUUGCUUACUUCAGACACUGGUUAAGUAUUUUUUUUUCCCAUAUAUUUUUAUACAAGUACUUCAUUUAUCAAAGACAUUUAAAAGCUUUAUUUCUUAAUGCAUUGCCUUAUUUAUGCAAUAUUUUUAUUGAUGGACAUUAAUUUGAAUUUAAAUCAUAAUUUAUGUUUACAGAAAUAGAUUUUUUCACAUAAAUUGCCAGGAGUGGUUUUGUACUGUGGUUUUCUUUUUGUUUUUGGGGUACGUGUAGCAUUCCGAUGCGCAUCCAGUCAGACACUCUAUGUUAGAGAUGACAUUUUAUAGGCGCAUUAAUUGUGCUUCAAUGGUAGUUUCGUUUUAUUUAGAGUCAUCUGACAUUCACCAGAUAUACUUGGGUUUUGAAAGGGGAGUAGUAUUUUUUGAGUAGACACUCCACAAUAAUUGAUAGAUUUGUGAUGAAUAUAAAAACCAUUACAUUUGAAUGUGUGUGUGUCACUUUAAGUAGUUUGUCAAAUGUUUGCAGAACCUAAACUGUUUACUAGUUCCAGAUAUUUUUGAAUGUCUUAAAAUGGGAUGUGGACAUUUUUUAACUUUGUGACUAUUACAGUGAAAUCUGUAUUUUAGGUUCCUGCUGUCCUAUUUAUUUAAUUAUUAUAUAUGCAACAUGAAGUAGUUUUUACAAAUGAUUUCACAUCUAUAUUCAGCUGUUAUGUGUUUGGUCACUGAGGACACAUCACCUCUAUGACCAAGUGAAUCUGUUUUGUGAUGUUCAGUGUUGAAUAUGACAUAACCUUUAUGAAACGUUUUGAUUAUUGCUCAUAAAUGUUGUCUUAUCUUUAUCUCCAAAGUUCGGCGACCCAUUGGAAAUGUUUAUAUACUGUAAGGGUGCCCUAAGUUUACUUUUCAAAAUAUGGACAGUAUCACAGUAUGAAACAUUACCACAAUUUCACUAUGCAACAUUAUUUAUUUAUUUUAUACAUCUGGUUUCAGCAUUCAGUCCUAGAGAAGCUACAGUUUGUAAUAAAGCGAUAAGAUACGAGAGGUUUUGGCACAUUAAAACUGAAUAAUUUAUGUCAAGUGUGUCUUUAUAGCAAAUCCACUCAGAAUUCAAGGUAUUGUUUUUUUUCAUAAUUAUUGAACAUUUGAAUAUAAAGUAAAGCACAUGGCCACCAUCUAGUGGUGGCCGUUUUACUGUGAAGGCUCUGAGAGAGAGCAAUAGAUCUGGAGAAUUAUGGGUAAUCGUACUUCUCUAAUUUUUUUUUAAGUGUAAAUUCACUGUUUACUGAAUGAAGUGCCUUUUUAUUACAUUUCUCAGAGUCUUGCUGCCAUACUACUUUUACAUAUCCCACCACGUUAAUAAUUUUAAUAGCAAGCAUGUGGGUUUAAGAAGCCCACUCCUGUGAUACUGUCAUGAACGUUUUCUGUGGAUCUAGAAUGGUACAAACACUGUGAGGGCAUCCUGUGACAUUCGGCAUGAGAAUACUGUGUUUAUUGUGAGUGUUCGUGCCUAUAAAUUCCUUCCAAAAGUUUAUUUUUAAAAUGAUGACAUAACUAUUUUAAAAAGUAUGUCAAAGAUUGAAAUGUUAGUUUGUACUGUUCACUGUUUUGUGCUGUGUAGAUGCUGUGGUUUUGUCUUUUCCAUUGAAAUACAUUUAUAAAAAUGUUUUUGAUUA